GGCAUGCGUUUACCUCGGAGACGUCACUUCCGCCUCCUCAGUAGCUGAAGAAGAUGGCGGCCGUCGUGGAGAGAGUUGAUGGAUGUGUUGGAUCAUUGGACACGGACGCGGUGUCACUGAGACACUCCACGUCCCCGCAGGAGCAGCCGCACCAGAACAACCCACUGCUGGGACUGCCCAUUGUGGCCAUCGAUACCAUCCUCAACUUCCUGUCCUACGAUGAGAUCAGCAUGCUGCGUUCGGUUUGUAAGCGCAUGGACAUGAUUUGCCAGCGUGUCCUGAAUCAGGGCUUCCUGAAGGUGGAGAGGUACCACAGCCUCUGCCAGAGACAAGUCAAAGCUCAGCUGCCCAGGCGGGAGUCGGAGAGGAGAAACCAUUCGCUGGCCCGUCAUGCAGACAUCCUGGCUGCUGUGGAGACGCGCCUUUCUCUGCUCAACAUGACCUUCAUGAAGUAUGUCGACUCCAACCUGUGCUGCUUCAUCCCUGGAAAGGUGAUAGAUGAAAUUUACCGCGUGCUGCGCUAUGUGAACUCCACCCGAGCUCCCCAGCGAGCUCAUGAAGUUCUUCAGGAAUUGAGGGACAUCUCCUCCAUGGCUAUGGAAUACUUUGAUGAAAAGAUUGUCCCUAUCCUGAAGAAGAAGCUGCCAGGAACUGAUCUGUCUGGACGUCUCAUUGGUUCUGCACCAGUGGCUGGGCCGUCUACCUCCUUGACCACCAUGUCCCUGCUGGCUAAGAACACCCCCUCUCGCUCUGAGAUGACCAAGGUGCAGCAGCAGGUGAAGGUGAACGGGGCAUCGAUGACAGUACUGCGGCGAGAGAUGCAGGAGAUCCGGGUUAAGCAGUUGGAGCAGCAGAAGCAGCUGCAGGACCAGGAGCAGAAGCUGCUGGAGCAGAGCCAAGUGAUUGGUGAGCAGAACGCCCGCCUCGCCGAGCUGGAGCACAAGCUCCGGGAACUCAUGGACAGUAGUGCCACUGCUAUGGGAGAAUCGAGAUCCUCCACAGCAGUCUCCUCCGCCUCCACUGCGCCCGCCAUGUCUUCUGCCGUCGCCAGCACAUCUGGUUCUUUGUUGGUAAGCGGCAGCGUGGCUGUGGCCCCACAGGGAGAACCGGAGGCGGAGAACGGUUUAUCGCUGAAGCGCAGCAGAAAGAGCUCAGACCUUCCACGACAAUCCAAACGGCUGCGCAGCAGGAAAUGACUCGCUGUGUUGUGUAAAUUUUGUUGUAGGUUUCCAGUUUUGACUGACCACACUCUGUAUCCAACGCCCCACAUCUUCCCCUGCCCCUCACUGUGCAUCAUGUGUGCUGUCCUACUCACACCGUGAUGCAAACACCUCCUGUGGUGUUGGGUUUUUGACGUGUUAUGAUGCUUACUGAUGUUCACAGCUGCAACGCUGAAGCCAUGGGCCAGGACUUUGCUCGGCAUCGACAGGGUCAACAUUAGGAUGUCACUCGGAGAACUGUUGGAGCCUGCUGAUAAACAGUAGUUUCUCUCUGUCAGCAGACUGCAGGAAAACAUCCAAGCAUUGCACUAAAACUGCUCCAUUGUAUACUGAGAACCAGGCAAGAGUGGACAGUGUUCAGCUCCAGAUAAACCCGUGUUUGAACAGCACCUAUGGAGGUGACUCAGACAGCGGGCAGUCCAUGACGUGUUGAACUGUAGUCCUGCUCUUUGGCAGAAGAAUCUGGUAAAGCAGGCACUCUCCUUAUUUGUCUGGUAGGGUUCAUUUACUGUUGCUCUGCAUUGCUUCUGUGGACACUUCAGGGUAUUAGUCAGGUUGACGUUCCUUGGAAAACUUUCCACAGCUUUAGACUCGUAAUUGGAUCUUGGUGCUCUUCUGCACUUCCAACGUCUGUUAAAGGCAUCUCCACAACCCUUCCGAUGUACCUUUCCCUCCAGAAAACAUUGAAAAGGUAAAGGUUGCUUUUAAUCAAGCCUGUUUGGGAUUUUGAAUCCUGCAAAAAAAACCAGAAAUCUAGAAUGCCCUUGAUUUUACUAUUAACGUUACAGCAUUAUUCCUGUUUCUGAAACUCCGUCACAAUAAUUCAGAGUUUCAGAUCAUGUGAUCCUGAGCUUUAAUGUGAGACAUACAACUACAAGCUCCUUUUGUUGGCCUGAUCUUUGACCUCUCAUCCAGUCAUUGUAGAUAAAUCCCAUAUUUCAUAUUCCAGUUUCCUUUUAAUACUAGGCAUGGGAUGGGGACAAGUAUCAGAUAUUCCAACGUCAUAAUAAAACACCAUAGUUUUCCACCAGUAGUGUUCCCACAGAUUCAUUUUCUGCUUAAUGAGAUGUCGGAGAAAGAGCCAAAGUGAUUAAAGUUAUCUCCACCUCAAUGGGGCAUAGAGUAACGUAGAACUACGCCUUCCCCACAUGUUGCUGCACACUGACCAUCAGUUGGCUGAAAACCCAUUUUUUCCUAGAAUAAACACAAAUGUGGCUGUUUAAAAAAUUUUCUGGUCUUGAAAUGCACAAACAACCAUAAUGUGAUAGAGUGCCACCUCUCAUUCUUGUUCAGGUAACACUUUUUUAACAGCUGUCAAGUUGUGAAGAGCAUGUUUGACAAGCACCUAAAUUGAAUGGCUUCCUGAGCAGAUAGCCUGACUAAUUAAUCAGUUAAUAUCAGCUCUGUUUGUUUUUGCUCAAGUCCUAUAUGUUAAAAUCCUGACAUUACAGAUCACAUUAUUUCAACUGCAAUAAUAAACAUUGUUUUAGCAGCAGUAGGAAUAAGUGAUGCUUUUCUGAUUAAACUCUUUAUCACCAUCCAGACAGAAUUACAUAUUUGGUUUUGGUCAUAAGAGAGUUAGAUCAUGUUUAUGUUUGAAAUGAUUUGUGGAUAAUGUGGAACUGAGGUUAUUAUACCAGAGAAUGUCAUACCAACCCAUGCCUACUUUGAUCCAGAUCUAAUAUUAGAUCAUGUUAGCAUGUUGGUUUUAUGUUUGUAACACAAAAAGUCAGAAUUUUAAGGCAAAUGAUUGCAAAUCUGGUGGAUAUCGUGAAGGUUCAGUUUUUUGCUGGUUCUUGGUCAGCUAUACUUGUGAGGUUCCUGUCCAGGAAUAAACUUUGAUGCUCACAUCAUCAUGUGGCCGAUCCCUGUCCAGCAGUUCCACUACCAGUCGCUUUCACACAGGAUUUCACAUUUUAAUGGGAACAUAUGCAGUGUCCAUUUAAGGGUCAUUUAAAUGUCAUUUGUUUCCUGAAAAGGUUCAAGUCUUCUGGAGAUGGAAAUGUUCAGUCGUUGAUUUUAAUGGUGAGGUUUUCCUCAGCUUCUCUGUGAGGGCCCUCUGCUGCCGUCCUGUACUAACUCUGCUUUUGCCUUGAGUUGCUAGUUUAGCUGUAAAAUCCUUGUGUGGCUACUUUUCUCUCUUUGCUUGAAGUAUUUCUGUUGUUUGGAUGACCUGAACCACUCAUGGCAUGACUCUUUGGAAAUGCACUUGUGUGUAUUAUAGUAACACUGGGCUGCAGAACUUGCAAUGUAAUCUAGUGGCUUAAUGAGAGACAUUGUACUGUAAUCUCCAUGUACUUUAAGAUGUAGAUUGUCAAUUAUUUCAUGUUUGAAAACAAAGAAACCUAUCCUUUAAGUUGCCCAGUUUGGGCCCAACUAUGAAGUUUUGUUGCACAUAUUACUGUUACAAUGUAUAAACCAAACCUAUUAAAUAUCAACAGCUUUUAAGCUCA